AUGGUCCAGAGGAAAGUGAAACGCAUAAUCAUUUUUGUCAUCAGAGGUCCACAUCGUUUGUACCCACCUGCGUUAGACAUUGUUGAGCUUGUAGUUGGAGAAGGAACUGGAUGGACCACGAAAGUUCGAUAUCUAUUCUCUGCUGCCUUGAAGUCGUGUCCAGUUGGAUCCUUUAGUCGUCGGCAGCGUCUCCGAGGGAGAUUCUUUGAUCGUCGUCUGUCGGGAGAGGAUCAGGUCUUCGUAGGUGGUCACGCCCCGGUCCAAAUAAUGCUGUCCGCUGGUCAGCAAUGA